AGCCGCCGGCCUGCAUGUGAAAUGUAUCCACGUAGGAAGUGCCAAAUUUCACCUCUUUCAAAGUUGAAACAAUCACGCCAAAAACACUUCCAUUUCACUCGAAUCUCCCAAACAAGAAACUUCCUUUUCUAUUUAUCUAUUCAACCCAACUAAUUUCGGAAAGUGAAAUUGCCUAAUUCUCCACAAUUCUCUCUUUCUACUCGCACAAUUUUCAGAUAGAGAGAGAGAGAGAGAAGCAAAAGAGUCGUAGCUGUCAUGCUUGUGCGUUGUGGCGAAGAUCGUCAUCUACCACGCUCAAUUAUAUCCCCCCCUUUGUCCCUUCUAAACCCCUCUACACUCAUGAUCAAUCCCCUCUCUUCCACCCAUAAUUUUAUUACUUUAUUCGCUAAUUCUGUUUGGUCGCCUACAAUCGGUGAAGAGGGUUUAAUUUAGGAUAAAUUAGCUUUGGAUUCCUGUUUUAAUCGGUGAAGUUGCGGCGGAAUUUCCAAGCUUUCGCUUUACUCCUCAAUUGGAAAUGAUAAAGGUGGAAGAUUGAAGGGAAAGGAAAGCUAAGAUUCCAAGCAUUGUGAAAUGGCGACUCCGGUUGAGCCCCCAAAUGGAUUUAGGCCGAUGGGGAAGCAUUACUUCACAAUGUGGCAUACGUUGUUCGAAAUCGACACGAAAUACGUUCCCAUCAAGGGCAUAGGGAGAGGGGCGUAUGGGGUGGUUUGUUCCUCGAUAAACAGGGAGACGAACGAGAGGGUGGCGAUCAAGAAGAUCAACAAUGUGUUUGGGAAUCGCGUGGACGCGCUGAGGACUCUGCGGGAGCUGAUGCUGCUGCGCUGCAUCAAGCACGAGAACGUGAUCGCCCUCAAGGAUGUGAUGAUGCCCAGCAACUGGAGGGGUUUUAAGGAUGUUUAUCUGGUUUACGAGCUGAUGGACUCUGAUCUUCAUCAGAUCAUUAAGUCGCCUCAGCCUUUGUCGAAUGACCAUUGCAAGUACUUCGUGUUUCAGCUGCUUCGAGGGUUAAAAUAUCUACAUUCUGCGAACAUUCUUCACCGGGACCUGAAACCAGGGAACCUCCUCGUCAACGCAGACUGCCAGCUCAAAAUAUGUGAUUUUGGACUUGCACGUACAAGCAGAGACAACGGACAAUUCAUGACUGAAUAUGUUGUCACGAGAUGGUACCGUGCACCAGAGCUGCUCCUUUCCUGUGACAAUUACGGAACCUCCAUUGAUAUCUGGUCCGUGGGAUGCAUCUUGGCAGAAAUUCUUGGCCGGAAACCAAUCUUUCCGGGAACUGACAGCCUCAGUCAACUCAGGCUUAUCAUCAGUGUUCUUGGCAGCCAACCUGAAGCUGAUCUCGAGUUUAUAGACAAUGCAAAGGCAAGGGCGUAUGUGCAGUCCCUCAACUUUCCCGGAAGAGUGAACUUCUCUUCUUUAUAUCCGCACGCAGACACUUUGGCCAUAGAUUUAUUGGAGAGGAUGCUUGUAUUUGAUCCUACCAAAAGAAUUAGUGUUGCUGAGGCUCUCUCCCACCCUUACAUUGCAGGUUUGUACGAUCCGAGCUGCAACCCUCCUGCCCAGUACAAGAUCAAUGUCGAUAUAGAUGAGACCAUCGGUGAACCAGUUAUAAGGGAGAUGAUGUUGAGAGAGAUGCUCUAUUACCACCCUGAAGCUGCCUAUGCCAGUGCAAUGAAUUGAGGUUUCGGGAAAUAUUCUUCGUGCAGAAGAAGGUGAUCUAGCAAACGAAGAAACGACGAAGGACAGCAAAAGAGGAACCAAACUCUGCUCUGCUGCUGUUGUUGUCUUUGAAGGCUGUGGUGAAGAUCCAUGGAGUCGUUUGAAGAUAUUUUCAUGAGACAAAUAAGUUCAUAAUGUGUAAUUUGUUGUGGAAUAUAUUAAUUUUUUGGUUUGAGAAUGUAUGUCAAGUAAUUGCUAUAGCAUAUUUCUUAUAGCUGCUGCUUGAGAAUUAUAAACUCUAUACUACGGCGGUGUAUGGUUUUAGAAGCUUGAUGUUUGGAAUAAUAGAAUACCACUAUUUUUGUUCAA